GCCACAAUGAUUCAGAUUUGAAAAAAAUGUUCAAAUAAUCCUUGUGCAUAAUAUUUUUCAGACACAUUGAAGUAAUGAAAUUUUUUAUUGAUAUUCUCUAGUUUAGGACUUUUAAUGCCUUUAAUCUUACUUGAUUAUUGAUUCCUCAAAAUAUUAAGUCAUGAAAUUGAGGAUAAAUAAGUUUUUUUUUACAAAUUUCACAAAUGUUUAUCAAAAAAUUUGGCGCACGAUAGUAAUUUGUAUGAAAAAUUAACUAAUUUUCAAUCGCAAAUAUCUCGCUUCGGGCAUAUUUGGGCAUGUACACAUUAAUAUGGAAGGUUAAUUAGACUUUGUUCUUUAUAUUUAAAUAGGUUUGGUAGAAGCGGAAAGACGCGAAUUUAACUUAUGAGUGUUUAAAGUCUUGGUAAAUUUCAAAAAAAUUAAUCAUGUAUAUUCGCCCAAUUAAUAGGUUUUCUUUUGGUUUCUUCACACAAACACAAAGUACUAAGCUUAAUUAAGCUGGUUAUCAGGAUUAAAACAAGAAAUUUGAAGUGGAAAGGAGAAAAAAUUUAAGAAAAAUAUUUGUUGUCAUUUUGUAAACAAAUUUAUUGGCAUCUUAAAAUCGAAUUUUUGUGAAUUAGACAACAAAUUGGAAUGUGAUAUUUUUACAGAACAUAAAACACAUCAUGUUCUUUAAUCUGGCAUUUAAAACAUAUAGUUUAAUUAACUUGUUAUUUUUGAAUUUUUGAACAUUUUUUUCAAAUCUGAAUCAUUGUGUAAUGUGCUUUAUUUUUAUAUAUUUUUUUUAGCGUGAAUCUAGAAAAUAUUCAUUCAGAAAAAAAAGUAUAAAGGAACAACAAAAAAUAAAUUCAUUUUUAUUUCGUAGAAUUUUCCAUAAUUUACAAUUUUUGCACGGUGCCACGGUUGAUUUGAGAUGUAGCAAUUUUGAUGUGACUCGAUUGAGUGAGAUUUCGUAUCAAUGUGGAAAGGAAUUGACGUGCUUUUUUGAAAACAUUCAUUCGGAUAAUGAGACGCAGUUUGUGUAUUCUGCAGACCGAUAUGUACAUUCUUACAAGUGCCUUGGAUUUGUUAAUUCAUCCAUCGAUCAACUACCGAUUGACAUAUUCAAACGAUAUCCAAAUAUAGAGAUUUUAUAUGCUGCAAACUUGGGUUUAAAGUCUGUGAGCCGGUCGUUAUUUGAGACAGCUGGGAAGCUUGUUGAUUUACAUUUAGAAGGAAAUAACAUAACAGAUUUGGAAAACUUUUUAUUCUAUGGUGCGUUAAAUUUACGUCGCGUCAUGCUGUCUCAUAAUGAAAUCACAUCGAUUGGAAAGGAUGCAUUUAAGAAAAUGACAAUAAAGCCAGUAACGGUUUAUGACAACACAUUUCAGCAGAAACUUGAAGAGAUUGAUUUAUCGCAUAAUAAACUGACAAAUCUUCAUCAUGAGACAUUUUCCCAGCUGAAUUCAUUGAUAAUCUUGAAUCUUAAGCAUAAUAAUAUCCGCUUAAAGUAUGGACAAUUUCCUUUAACACUUAAACGACUUGAUUUGAGCUACAAUCAAUUGAAGGAUUUUACAUUGAGACAACUUUUAGGUUCGCAGCUAUUAGAGGAAUUGAAGCUGAACGGAAACUUUUUCGAUAAUGCAAAAAUUGAGUUUUUAUUCCCGGAAGCAAUAUUUCAACUGAUGCAUGUCUAUCGUUUCGAGAUGUCAGACACGUUUAAUUGCAUGCAGUUGGCUGAUGUGUUGCUCUAUUUUAAAAAAAUAAACCGUAAUAUAAUCGUGCAAUUUGAAAAUGAAGUGACGAACUCGUCAAAUAUUUUUGGAAUUUCAUGCGUUGACGCAAGUGACACGAGCUAGGAAUUAUGAUGAUAAUUGACGUCAUGCAUCGAUGAGAAUGAAAUCGAAUGUGGUCAAAAAAAUGUAAUUUGAGUUGUUUUUAUUAAAGAAAUGAAG